GUGAGUCCGAGUACAGAACGUUGUCAGCUCGAGUGUGGUGGCCACGGCACGGUUUUUCGAUUCAAUCCCAAUCCUUCAACAAUCCUUCCGGGAAAAGUUUCAAUUCAAUUGAAAAAGCUAAAAAAUGUUCGCUCGUACCUUGAAGUCCGUUGCCGCCCAGGGCGCUAAGAACUUCUCCACCAGCGGCCAGAACAAUGUGAAGGUUGCCGUUUGCGGCGCUUCCGGUGGCAUUGGCCAGCCGCUUUCGCUGCUGCUCAAGAACAGCCCGCUGGUGACGGAACUGUCCCUGUACGACAUUGUCCACACGCCCGGAGUCGCCGCCGAUCUGUCCCACAUCGAAACCCGUUCCAAGGUCACCGGCUACAACGGACCGGAAAACCUGGAGAAGGCCCUGGCCGGUGCCGACAUUGUCAUCAUUCCGGCCGGCGUUCCGCGCAAGCCGGGCAUGACCCGCGACGAUCUGUUCAACACGAACGCCUCGAUCGUGCGCGAUUUGGCCGCCGGAUGUGCCAAGGCGUGCCCCAAGGCGCUGAUCGGAAUCAUCUCGAACCCGGUCAACUCGACGGUGCCGAUUGCCUGCGACACCUUGGCCAAGGCCGGAGUCCUGGACCCGAAGCGCGUGUUCGGCGUGUCCACGCUGGACAUUGUCCGUGCCAACGCCUUCAUCGGUGAAGCCUCCGGAGUCGACCCGCAGAAGGUCAACAUUCCGGUCAUCGGUGGCCACUCGGGUGUGACCAUCAUCCCGGUGCUGUCCCAGGCCACGCCGUCGGUCAGCUUCCCCCAGGACAAGAUUGCCGCGCUGACGGAACGCAUCCAGGAGGCCGGUACGGAGGUCGUCAAGGCCAAGGCCGGUGCCGGUUCGGCCACGCUGUCGAUGGCCUACGCCGGAGCUCGUUUCGCGCUUGCCCUGGCCCGCGCCAUGAACGGCGAAAAGAACGUGAUCGAGUGCGCGUACGUCCGCUCCGAUGUGACCGAGGCCACUUACUUCUCCACGCCGCUGCUGCUGGGCAAGAACGGACUCGAGAAGAACCUGGGACUGCCCAAGCUGAACGCCUACGAGCAAGAGCUGCUGAAGAAGGCCAUUCCGGAGCUGAAGAAGAACAUCCAGAAGGGCGAGGAGUUUGUCAAGAAGAACUAAGUGAACAACAACAACAAAAAAGUGAUUCUAGAUCAAGAUGAAAAGAUGUUUGUAACUAACCAUUGAAAAGAACUUUCAAGUACAAGAUUUAGCGCAUUUGGCACGAUACAGCACUACCAUCCUUUUUAAUUUAAGCUCAUUCAGAUGACUCUCUUCCUUAGGAACAAUCAGCCAGAAUCACAAACACAGUCACGAAUAACGACCAAUCAAAUACCAAACGAAUUGUUCAUACAAAACAAAAAAUUAAGUGAAAUUUAAGUUAUUAACCACAGUUUUCUCUUCCGUAGAGGUAAAAAGUCAGGUAAUUCAACAAUAAAUAAAAACCAAUGUGAAGGAAAAA